UUCCGCUCUUCUUCUGCUUUUGUAUUGUAUUGUCUUCUAUUCUAUUCAAGCAGUCAGCAGCGAGAUCUCCGUCAAUUAAGAUGUCAUGAUCCAGUCCCGGUCCACUAUGCCUUCUGCCCACAUCGACAGCCAAAAGGCACCUACAUCUACAACUACAUCUACCACCGCAGCAUCACCACCACCCCCCUCACACCUCGCAUCACCCCCCCUCGACCCGUGCGUCUGCGGUCCUUGCACCCUCCGCCAACCCCUCCCCGCCUUCCAUGUCCGCGACUUUGCCUACCCCCAAUUCCACCCUCUCCACGCCGGGCCCCUCCCGCCCGCCGCUGAGGUGCAAGAACCUCCUGAUCUAGAACCACUGGCCUCAGAUCAGAGCAGCAGUCCUUCAUACUCAGCCGACAAGUCGACCUCUGCAUCUACCUACUCCACCGACAGCAACACCAACACCAACAACAGCAACAACUACGACUACAGCUACGACCCCACAGCACCAAUACCCUCAUCCACAGCACCAGCAUCACUCGCUCCCGACGGCCCGCCCUUCGCAGAAGACGCAUACCUCUCCUCCCCCGUGAUUUCCACCGCGGCCGGCGGCGAGCGCGAGUACUACUUCUCCGUCGCCUCCGCCGAGGACGAGAUCCACGGCCGCGCAAUCGCGCUCUUUGACUUUGUCCCCGAGAACGACAACGAGGUCGCCCUGCGCGAGGGCCAGAUCAUCUGGAUCUCGUACCGGCACGGCCAGGGGUGGCUUGUUGCCCAGGACCCGGCUACGGGUGAGUCUGGGCUCGUGCCGGAGGAAUACGUCGAGAUCAUCCAGCGCGACGCGUUUAAUCCGGAUGAAGACAUGGCGAAUCAUGCAGACGUCCCUUCUUCUCACAUCCACCACAGCCACGGCCUUGAUGACGACCAGAAGUUGAAAGGCAACGAUAGAUCAAUAGACGACGACGCAUGGGAAGACAUAGAGGAGUAGCUGAUCUUUUCUGAUCUUUAUCUUUUUAUCUUCUUCAUCUUGACGCACUUACAUAUUCUCUCUCCUAUUCUUGGUUUCUUUAUCGCAGGGUGUUUGCCGUUCUUGCUCUUCUUAACUAUGUAAUUACCUUUUUGUCUCUACCUCCUAGUAAUAAUAUCUAAUAACAGU